CGGAGUUCGAACACCUUUCGAAUGGAAUGAAAGGAACUUUAUGCGGUAAAUAUGUAAGUGAACUUUGAAGUUUUCUGACAUUAGUGCGUCCUUAGUAUUAUUUGAACUGUUAUAAAAAUUGCGGCAGUAUUGAUGAAGAGGACAUUAUAUUUUUUCAUUUGCGCAUUGUUUACAAUGGCUACGUCUGCGAGUGAUCCAGUUGAUCCUACUGAUCAGAGUGCAUACGGUUCUGUUAAAUCAAGAUCAGCGAAAAACUCUGAACGUUCAUCAAAAAGAUCGUCUGUUAUUUCAUUGAAGUUAAUUCAAGCAGCCGAGGAAGCAGCUGUUAUUGAACAGAAAUUAAAGUAUCAUUCCAUAGAAGCCGAAAAGAAAUUAGAACUUGAAAAUAUUCAGCUACGUAAAGAUUUGGAUAUUGCGAAUGCAAAGGUGAAUGCUCUUCGAAGAUUUGAAAAUGAAGAUUUUAAAGUUGAAUCCAUGAUACCAGUAUGUGAACAAAAUAAGUCAGAACUUGUCGCAACCUUUGUGAAUAGUCAUAAUUUUUCUACAGAUUAUGGUGAUCUGCCUCACUUGUCACCUGCAGUUAACCCUAUUAACCCUGUGAGUUCGAUAAGUAAACCUGUCAUUCCUGCCAGUUCACCUUUGGUGUCUUUACCGCCGCCCCAAAUUCCAGUUAGUGAUGUAUAUAAUAAUACCCCACCUAUGAACAAUGCUGAUCACUCUCAUGCGUCACAGUCCGCUCCUGCCCAAGUGUCUUCCGCUGUACAUGUACCUGCCAGUGACUUGGUUCGUAUUUUGACAGAUCAGGCUAACUUUAAUAGAUUACCCCCUCCAGAACCAGGUGUGUUUUCCGGUGACCCUUUGAAAUAUCCAAACUGGAAGUGUGCCUUUAAAACACUGAUCGAACAUAAGAACAUUCCGAAAGAACAAUGUAUGCAUUAUCUGCAUCGAUAUAUCAGUGGUCCAGCUAAGGAAGCCAUUGAAAGUUACUGUCUUCUUGACACUCCGACAGCAUUUGAAGAUGCAAAGUCAUUGCUUGAAAAGCGAUAUGGCGAUCCAUUUAUUGUGGCUAAUGCAUUUAGGGACAAAUUAGAGGCUUGGCCAAAAGUACCUAACCGUGAUGGUCCUGCACUGCGUCAUUUUGCGGAUUUUCUUAAACAGUGUUACACUGCGAUGCGAACAAUUAAUUGCCUUAAUGUACUGAAUGAUAUGCGUGAAAAUAGAAAACUGUUAAAUAAACUCCCUGAUUGGUUGGUGAUGCGUUGGGGAAGAACUGUUAGUGAUUAUAGAAAAAAGAGACAAGAGUUCCCUCCCUUUAGUGAAUUUGUUGGCUUUGUGACUGAUGAAGCAGACAUUGCAUGUGACCCUUUAACUUCCAUUACAUAUGCGCCUAAUAAGAAAGAACAUGUUCCUUCAACAAAUCAACGUAGAACUGCAUUUUCAACUGAAAUAAAGGAAUAUUCGAGUUAUGUUCCAGAAAAUUGUGCCUUUUGUCAUAGAUCAAGUCAUUCCAUUAAUGAUUGUACUUUAUUCACUAAAAAAUCAAUGUCUGACCGUAAAGACUUUCUGAGGUCAAACAGAUUAUGUUUUGCUUGCUUAUGUCUUGGGCAUGUGUCACGUGCUUGUAAAUCAAGACUCAGGUGUAGAAUUUGUAAUCAUUUGCAUCCUUCAUUACUUCAUGGAGAUACUGGUCAACCAAGUAGGCCAAUGCGUAAUGAAAAUACUGAAGUCAAGUCUGCUGUUUCGCAUACUUUAAGAACUGGGACUGAUAAGUGCGCUAUGAUCGUACCCGUGUGGUUGUCUCACAAAGAUAAUCCAAGUAAAGAAAUUUUGACGUAUGCUCUUUUGGAUUCUCAGUCCGACACAACAUUUGUUUUAGACAAAACAUGUGAUGCUCUUGACAUAGAAGGACUUCCUGUUAAAUUGUCUUUGUCUACUAUGUUUUCUAAAGACACUCUUAUCGACAGUCGUAAACUUAAUGGUCUUGUUGUGCGUGGCUAUAAUUUUGACGUUAGAAUUCCGCUGCCUGAUACCUAUACAAGAGAUAUUAUGCCGGCUAAUCGUACUCAUAUACCGACACCUGAUGUGGCGAAGCGUUGGUCAUAUUUAGAACCCGUUGCAAAUAAACUUCAACCUUUGAUGAGUUGCGACGUUGGAUUGCUCAUUGGUUACGAUUGCGCAAGAGCUCUAGUUCCACGCGAUGUCAUACCCCCCGAGAGUAAUGGUCCAUACGCUGAACGGACAGACUUGGGUUGGGGAAUCAUUGGUAUUGUAGAUUUUAAUUCGACUAAUGAAGUAGAUCAUAUUGGCUUGAGUCAUCGCAUUAUAACUUGUGAAGUGCCUAAUUUGAACACUGCGGACAUUGAUGGUCGACAGGAUGUUGUCGAUCGCUGCGAUCAAGGUCAAGUUCAUAUUUCGUUUCGCAACAAGAUAAAGGAAGUCAUCAGUCCAGAUUGUAUUCUUAAGCUCAUGGAAAUGGAUUUCAAUGAACACUUGGAUGACUCUUCAAUUAUGUCUAGUGACGACCGGAGAUUUUUGGACAUAAUGUCGCGAGAGAUUCAUAUUGCGCCAGAUGGACAUUACGAAAUGCCAUUACCGUUUCGGAGUUCUGAACCAGUUAUGCAGAAUAAUAAAACUUUAGCACUUCGUCGUUUGUAUCAUUUAGAGUCACGUCUUCGUAGGGAUAAACAUUUGCGCUCAGAUUACGUAAGUUUUAUGGAAGACAUUAUUGAUAAAGGAUAUGCCGAAAGGGUUAGUGAUGAUUCGUACAUAUCUGAACAUGUUAAUUAUAUUCCGCAUCACGCCGUUUACAACCCAAAGAAACCUGGAAAAAUCCGUGUGGUAUUCGAUUGUCAAGCUAAGUUCCGAGAUAAAUCUUUGAAUGACUACCUGUUGAAAGGACCGGACUUAACAAACGCCUUAGUUGGUGUACUUUGUCGAUUUCGGAAAGAACGAGUUGCCUUUAUUUGCGAUAUCGAAAAGAUGUUUUACCAGUUUCACGUUAAUGUUGAACACCGAGACUACCUUCGAUUUCUCUGGUGGAGAAAUGGUAAUUGUGACUCUAAACCUCAAGAAUUCCGUAUGACCGUUCAUUUGUUUGGGGCUGGGUCAUCUCCGGGAUGCUCAAACUUUGCUUUAAAACAAGCCGCGAAAGAUCACGAGAAAGAUUUCGGCACAGUUGUCUCAAAUUUCAUUCAGAAGGAUUUCUAUGUUGACGAUGGUUUAACGUCAGUGUCGUCUGUGAGUGAAGCUAUCGACCUAAUCAGUAAGAGUAAGGAACUUUUAUUGUGUUGUGGAAUACGUUUGCAUAAAUUUCUAUCUAAUUCAGCAGAAGUUAUUGAAUCUAUACCGUGUCAUGAUCGUGCGGAAGGAGUAAAGAAUCUCGAUUUGACUUUCGAUGAUCUCCCAACAGAACGUGCACUAGGGAUUGAGUGGUGCAUUGAGUCGGAUGCGUUCCGAUUUCGAAUCAAACUUUCGGAUAAACCUUUAACGAGAAGAGGUAUACUUUCUAUUAUAAGUUCGAUAUACGAUCCGCUUGGCUUCAUAUCUCCUUUGUUAUUAGUUGGGAAACAAGUUUUACAAGAAAUGUGUAGGCUUAACACUGGUUGGGAUGAUGUGAUUCCUGAAGAUUUGCUACCACGUUGGCAACGGUGGAGAGAUGAACUGUUUAAAAUUGAGACUCUUAAGAUUGAUAGAUGUUUCAAGCCUGAUGGUUUUGGAACUGUAGUUUCCGUAGGGAUUCAUAAUUUUUCGGAUGCGAGUACAUUCGGCUAUGGAGUAUGCUCUUAUUUGCGACUAGUGGAUGCUAAUCAACGUGUUCAUGUUUCAUUAGUCAUGUCGAAGUCCAGAGUGACUCCGUUGCGAGCUAUAACUAUUCCACGUCUUGAACUGACUGCAGCUGUCGUUGCUGUCAAUGUGAACUUACUUAUUAAAAAAGAAUUAGGAUACCCUACAGUUGCUCAAUAUUUUUGGACUGAUAGUCGUGUCGUAUUAGGGUAUAUAAACAACGAUGUUCGUCGCUUUCAAACAUUUGUUGCAAAUCGCGUCCAGAAAAUCCGAGAUCAUUCACAACCGAGAGAAUGGCAUCAUGUUACAACGAAAGCAAAUCCGGCGGACAUAGCGUCUAGGGGCGCAUCUGCUAAUGACUUAGUUGAAAAUUCAAUGUGGUUUAAAGGACCAGAGUUUCUGUGGAAAUCUGUAAUACCGGAUGACAAGGAAGAUUAUUCGAGUAUCGCCUUUGAGGCAGAUGAUCCUAACAUUCGUAAAAUUAACUCUUUCGCUCUGAAAACCGAGAACAGUUUUGUUGUGAUGAGACUGAGUUUUUGUUCUAGUUGGUUUCAACUUAAAAAGGUUAUUGCCUACUGUUUACGUUACAUGUCUAUUCUUAGAAAUCGAAUAGCUAAGGACACUAAUAUUGAAAAUCCUGUUGGACCUUUAAGGGUUAACGAACUUAAUAAAGCAGAAAUUGUGUUAUUGAAGCUAGUUCAAUCAGAAGUUUUUAGUAAGGAGUUGGAAACUUUGCGAUCCGUGAAACAGCUUCAAAAUGAGUCUAAUAGAAAUGACAUUCGUUUGCGUCGGAAGUACAUGUAUAUACAAAAGAAUUCAACUUUGAGUAAGUUAGAUCCAUUUUUGGAUGAUAAUAACCUUUUACGAGUUGGUGGACGACUUGGUAACUCAAGACUAAGUUGUGCUGAGAAAUACCCAAUUAUUAUGCCGCGUAAGUCUUUCGUGACAGAACUUUUAAUUGCUCAUCAUCAUGAAUUGUGUGAACACCAAGGUCGUGGACUUACUGUGAAUGAACUUCGUUUAAACGGUUAUUGGAUUCUGGGAUGUACCAGUGCGGUUUCGGAAUACAUUCAUAAAUGUGUUAAAUGUAGGAAAUUGCGUGGUUGAUGUCAAGACCAGAAGAUGUCAAAUCUUCCCGAGGACAGAUUGGAAUCCACGGCGCCCUUUACGUAUUGCGGAGUUGAUUGUUUUGGCCCUUGGUUGAUCAAAGAGGGGCGUAAAGAACUCAAGAGAUAUGGUGUUCUGUUUACCUGUUUAAAUUGUCGCGCGAUUCAUGUAGAGACUGUCAAUACCAUGACUACUGAUUCUUUUAUCAAUGCGUUGCGUAGGUUUUUAACAUUUCGUGGUCCAAUACGAGUGCUUCGGUGUGACAACGGGACUAACUUUGUUGGAGCUAAGCGAGAGCUUAUGGAUGCUUUCAAAGAGAUGAAUCAUCAACACAUCCGACAGUUCCUGCUUAAACGUAGUUGCGAUUAUUUUGAGUUCAAGAUGAACGUCCCUUCUGCCAGUCACAUGGGAGGCAUUUGGGAACGGCAAAUCCGUACCGUACGCAGUAUUCUUUCUUCAUUAAUGGACCAAUCCGGUACUCAACUAGAUGACGAGUCACUUCGGACAUUUAUGUGCGAGGCAGCUGCAAUCGUAAACAGCCGACCCUUAACGACUGAUACUUUAAAUGAUAUCAAUUCUUUAGAACCUCUCACGCCUAACAAUCUAUUAACUAUGAAAUCAAAAAUUCUGUUACCACCACCUGGUAAUUUUCAACAACCUGACGUUUACUCUAGAAAACGUUGGAGACGAGUACAGUAUUUGGCUAAUGUUUUUUGGUCCCGUUGGCGAGUAGAAUAUUUACAGAAUCUACAAACUCGACAGAAGUGGACUCAACCCAUUCGAAAUGUUCAAGUUGGUGACGUUGUUUUGAUUAAGGAUGCUGAAUCUCCCCGAAAUAGUUGGAACUUAGGAAGAGUUGUUGUUGCGGAUCCAGACUCAGAUGGACAUGUGCGAAAGGUGAAGAUUAUGAUUGGUGAUCGUGCGUUGGAUGAUAACGGAAAGCGAGUUAAUCCUAUAUCAUACCUGGAUCGUCCAAUUCAUAAACUAGUUGUUUUAUUGGAAAACUAGACCGGGGUGUUCCCCAUCGAGGAGCCUUCGUUUUUGCGAUUACGAUUACGUCAGUGCGUUGCGGGACAUUUUGUUGUUCUAACUUGCCAUACAUAUAGAUGUAGGCCUAUGUACAUUUUCGUUGCGAUUUGGUUAGUGCGAUACGAAUAUGGGAAUUCGAACAUUCUGUAAUAAUUGUCAAUUUUAGUCUUGGUAAUGUGCGUAUAUUUAUGUACAUGUAACAUGUAAUAUCUUUCUGCGCAGAUUGCAGAGUGUCUUGUCAUGCUUCAUUUUAUGAAAAUUAAAUGUCUUUAAUUUUGAGGAGCCAUGUAACCGAUUCAUAAAACGGGUCAGUUUGUACGUUGGAACAGCCUUAAGUUAAUAUGAUAGAAGAGCUUUUAGUUUAAGGGAUAGGUUAUUGUUAUUGUCUAAUAAUAUGAACUCUGUGAACUGUUGUAAUGUUUUUUUGAUGUAUGUUUUUUAUGUAUAUUAAUUUAUUACGUUAUAAACUUCCAGGCUGCGCUACGCUUCGUAAAAUAGUAACCUAAAGCAUUGAUGUUAAAUUGUUUAAUAUCCCUGCGUAAUUAAUGCUCCCUGUGUCAGUCUUGCAAAUGGCUUUCCUAGAAACCAUGUUUUUUCGUUUUUGCGUGUGGUCAAGUUAACAGGCUCUUGGAGUUUUCACGUCUGUGUUACCGGCAUGUCUUUUAAUUCAAGUCUGGAAGUUCGAGUCUAAGUUGUUUGCGUUCAUCAUGUUGUAUGAUAUUCUACGUUAGGCUAUUUCCAAUGUUUAUACGAUGAUAUCCUCGUCCGAUGUCAUGAAGCAUUAAAGAGACAAUGAAUAAAGAUAUGUAUAUGGUGUA